UUGAGCAGAGCAUAGCAGUUGGAAAGGGGAUUUUGCUAUCUCAAACAAAUUCCCAGACAAUCCCUGAAAUAAGAUUACUUGGAGACUUCUGGUGUUUUCAUCUUCCCAGCCGAGAUCCAGUUGACAUUGUGAUGGAUCCCAUAGAAGGCCCUGUUUCCAUUAACAGGGAAGAUGAUGAAUCCCUGGAAGAGCUGAACUCCCCAGAGGCUUUUGACUGUCCCAUCUGUCAAGAGGUCUUCAAAACACCUAUUCGAACACAAACCUGCAAACAUGUGUUUUGUAAAAACUGUUUUGUGGCUGCAGUAAGGACUCAAGGGCCACAAUGCCCAAUGUGCCGAGGACCAGUGAGAGAAAAUGAGAGAAGAGCCACUGAUAUACAUCGUCAAAUGAAGGAAAAACAAGGGAAAUGCAGGGCAUGCAGCACUGUGAUUUUCUUCAGUAAAAUGAGAUCUCACUAUAAAUACUGCACACUGUACAAAGAAGAAUAUGGCACCCCUCCAUCAACUCCUGUGGUGCCCAGAGCACAGGCAAUAUAUGCAGGGAUAACACAGGCCACAGCCGCAGAUGGGUUUCAAAGUGGAAACAGUGCCCAACCUCAGGCCCCAGAAAAUGGAAGCCUAGAGAUCACAUUUAUGUGUCCCUACUGCCAUCAGAGUGGAUUUACUGAUAUGGCGUUGGUGCGGCAUUGCAACUACAAUCACUGUGGAGACCUUACACAUGUGGUCUGUCCUAUCUGCGUUGCAAUGCCCUAUGGAAAUCCAAGUUACUUCAGCAGAAAUUUCAUGAGCCAUUUACACCAAAGGCACAGAAUCAGCUAUGGUCAUUAUAUGGACAUUCGUCAAGAUGAAGAUGUGCAGCUGCAAUCUGCUAUUCACUUGUCAUGGAAUGCCAGCUUUUCCUGGAUAACACGCUGAAGUACAACACUGGAAAUGUUAACCUCCAUAGGUUAAAUUCACCUGGAACCGCUUGAUUAAGAAGCCAUUAAGUACAAUCAUUAGUAACAUGAUACAGUAAAAAAUAUCUAUAUAUAUACUGUAUAUAUAUAUAUAUAUAUAUAUAUAUUUUUUUUAUAAUACAUUGGAGUAAAAGUAAAAAUGUGAAAAUCACCUUAUCUGCAUCUUACUCAAAUUGUGGUUACUUGAUGUGUCAUGAGAUCAUUGGACCUAUAUAACUGAGGAGUUCUGAUUUUAGGGUUAAACCCAAUAAAGCCCAAUUGAUAUUCUCCAAAGUGGGUCCCGAGUGGCUCAUCCAGUUAAAGUGCUGCUGGGCGCACACGAUGAGUCACACAGCUUGGACUCCGACAGUUUGCGUCUGGGCUGUGCAAAGAGGCCGAACUUUGCUGGGGACCCCGAGGAGGGCGUCACAUAGGCUCUGACACUCCUGGGGUGGGAGAUGGGAAACCGGCAGGGAUUGCUUCUCCUCAUCAUGCAACAACGAACCCUACUGGCCAGACACUGAGCACAUUCAGAGUGGAUAAGAAGCAGGGCUGGUCUCUGUUCUCCAGGAUCGGUAGUCCGUCCACCGCUGCUCUGGAUUCAACCAGAUUUUAAAACUCAAAAGCAAAAUGCAAAUAAAAAUAAACUGCAAAUCAGAACCCUUAUAAAUACACUGGUAGUAGUGUGCAACUUUUCACCAAAAUAAUGAGAAAAUAGCAGUAGCUCACUAACUUUGCAAGGGGCAUGACAUUGACUGUUUUCACUUUAACAAUGUUAUCAGGGGCUCCACGUUGUGGUCUUGCAGGUCACACGCAUUAUUUGGCCAGUCAGAGAAGCUACAACUGCCAUUUUCCCAUUUGUCCUAUUUCUCACACUCUUAUACCUCUGUAUAUUUGCCAUCAUUAUUAAUGUUUCUCAGUUAUAUUGAGAUGGAAUUAUUGAAAUAAUUUCUGUCCUGCAUCUAAGACUUCUAUCUUAGAUGCAGGAUUAUAUUUCUUUGUCAUGUGUCUUUGCUUCCUUGUGUGAUACAGAACCUUUCAACUCUGUGGACACCACCUGCUUUGUGAUAUGGUAUAGAACAAAAUUAUAAUAUUCUAUUUAUAUUAAAUCAUAAUAUUGAAACAAAACAAUUUGUAAUGAAAACAUAAAACAAGAAGUGAAGUGUAAAAACAUAUUUAAAAAAGGCAUGUGUAGGUGUUUUUUAUUGUAGUUUUAAAGAAAUGAUACGUCAUGUAUUUUUAAUGCAGAUAUAAACAAUAGCAACAGUUUUAUUAAAUCUUUUUUUAAAAUAUAUUUCUUUAAAUAUAUAAAAAUAUAUUUCUGAUAAUUUCUGAAAGCUCAUACUGCAUAAGACAUACUGUUUGGGAACAGAAUAGGACAAAAAAAAAAACAUUGCGUCAUUAUCUAUUAAUAAUAUUCAAUGUUUACAAUAAUGUGUAAAUCUGUAUUUGUGCAGCACAAUUGUUGAAUAAAAGUAAUCAAAACAUA